AUGAGUGAUUACAUUGCUACUUUAUGCUUUCCAGUUCUAUGCCUCGCGUCCACAUUUGAGCUCGAGGAGUUUCCCGCAAACAGAAUCCCACCGUAUGCUAUUCUCUCGCAUACUUGGGACACAGAGGAGGUGACAUACGAUGACUUCCAACACAACACAACAGACAAAACUAAAAAACCAUCAUGGAGCAAGGUGCAAGGUUCUUGCCAUUGUACAAUGAGCGACGGUCUGGAAUAUGUCUGGAUUGAUAGUUGUUGUGUCAACAAAAGCAGCAGCGCGGAACUGUCCGAAUCCUUGAAUUCAAUGUAUGCGUGGUAUGAGAAGGCGCAGUUUUGCUAUGCAUAUUUGAAUGAUGUGCCCGCUGCUUGCAAUCCCAAUCAGCCAGGCUCUGCAUUUGAGCAUAGCAAGUGGUUUACCCGCGGGUGGACGCUGCAGAAACUACUCGCUCCUGUUAAUAUACUCUUCUUCUCCAGAGAUUGGACUGAAAUCGAUAUAUUGAUACACCGAAAACCUCUGGAGCUUGCGAGUAUAGCUAGGCGUAUGUCCUGGGCCGCCCAUCGCGAGACGACCCGCCCAGAGGAUAUAGCAUACUGCUUAAUGGGCGUAUUCUCCGUCAAAAUGCCCAUGUUGUACGGUGAGGGGGCUGAGAAAGCGUUCCUGCGCCUGCAAGAAGAAAUAAUGAAGCAAUCCGACGACCACACAAUCUUUGCGUGGGUAGACCGCGACGCUUCUUGGCUCUCUCUUCGUGGGCUAUUGGCAACGUCCCCAUCCAUGUUUGCAGGCUACGAAUACGUUGCGGCGCUUGACUGUCCGAGUCCACCGCGGUACGAGGACACGAGCUUCCUGGCUAUUUUUCUGAGAAGGCUUUCUACAGUUGACGAACAAUAUGCUCGUGUCAAAGUGGACCGGCUGGCAGAAGUCCAUGAACGGGGACCAAUGCAAACUAUCUAUGUGCGUCAGAAAAUUGCAAUACCUGACCUAGGAGGCAUUUUUCGAAGCCAUUUCCUUCAGUUACGGGGACUGUCUGGGAACCGGUACCGAAUUAUGAAUGUCCUUGCCCCAAUUGAAGCAAAGCGACCAGCAAACUUAACAUCGACUCGUGCUGCAAGCAGUGAUUACCAAUUCCCCCGGACCUUCAGAAUGACCAAGGGACUCGACAACCAUCUCCUAUGCUCUGUUGUUAUUGAACGAAUGGGUGGACCGGCUCUAAUAAUGAUGCUAGGUACACAGGAAGGAUUCACUGUUGGGUUUGAUGCCAUCGAUGUGCAAGAUCCAGGGAAAUUUGACUUUGACGACUUUGAGACCAUCCGUCAGAUCUAUGAGCCGAAACAAUCCUGGAAACUCGAUCACAUUGGAUAAUCAUAUUGUUCGUGUGGGUGCCGAGCCCCGGAUUCACAAUAGUACCUCCAAGUACUACAUGAUUGAUAUCAAAAUCGAAGCAGUCUAUGAACAGUCCAAUCCCAUUAAAGCAAUCUCGGAAACAUUGCAGAUACCGGACCUGGGAAUUAGGCCUGCCAUCAAGCCCCUAAAGAAGCCAGAGAGCAAGCCGGAGCCCGAGACAAAACCACAUCCAUCUCCCCCCAAAAAGAGCAAAUCGGCAUCCAGCUGGCGACAAUUUUUCGAUUGAUUUUUAAUUACGGUAGCAGCUAGUAUAUUUAGAGCUCGUCAGUUGAGUAUAUAUGGUAAGGCCGUGAGAAUAUCACAUCAUGGAUUCAUUCAAGACAUGUUAGAUACAAGAACCAGACAUGAUUAUUUCGCGAG